CCAAAACUGAACCCACAACCCGAAACCAGCAGGCAACAAAGCAACCAGAGGCAGAGCGUUCUUCUUCCCCGACGGCCCGGGCCGACGGCUCGACUCCACUAGUCGCUGGAACCCUCUGCAACAAAGCCGCCUCCACCUGACCACCUCCCUUGAGCUCUUCCCCUUCCUCGUGGGUUGUGCGAGCCCUCUACCGGCGCGCAGUACAGGUACCAACACUCGGAAUUAUUCUCCGUCUUCUUCCUUGAGCCGCGCCGCCCACCGCUCCACCUCGCCUUCUCCUAAUUUGAAUCGGAGUCGUACCCGCCGCCGCCCUCCACACGUAGCGACUCGUCUCGUUCAUCUUUCCCUGUUUGAUUCUGGGCUGAUUGGGUGAUCAAACCCGCAAGAUUUGGGUUUGUGAUUUAGGAGCAGGAGGCGGUGGCAAUAUGGAAUAUAAGGCGAGAUCUACUGGAACUUCAGGAACUUCGUCUAAAAGUUUCCGUGAUCUGUACAAUAUGAAGUACUCGAGCUACUUAAACGACGAACCAAUGCCGGAUGCUACAUCGGAAAAGGAGCAGGGAAAUGAGUAUUUCAAACAGAAGAAGUUCACUGAUGCUAUUGAAUGCUACUCCAGAAGUAUUGGGCUGUCUCCUACAGCAGUCACAUUUGCAAAUAGAGCUAUGGCAUAUCUUAAACUAAGAAGAUUCAAGGAGGCAGAGGACGAUUGCACUGAAGCUCUGAAUCUGGAUGAUCGCUAUAUUAAAGCAUACUCACGCCGAAUUACUGCACGAAAAGAACUUGGGAAGCUUAAGGAGGCAAUGGAUGAUGCUGAAUUUGCUAUCAGUCUUGAUCCAAACAAUUCAGAGCUAAGGAAGCAGUAUUCUGAGAUAAAAGCUUUGCACAUGGAGAAAAUGGCUAAAAAGGUUCCAGUGCCAGCUAAACGUGCAGUUUCUGGAAUUGAUAAAACUGCAGAUGUCACUUCUCACCCACCGACUAUCUCCCAGAAGGACACUAUUAUGGAAGUUGAUCUGCCUGUUAGAGAUGCAAUGAAGAUCAAAGAGAGUGCAAGCGUCAAGUCUAACGGAGGACCUGGAGUAAUCAUCAAUGGCAAUAACGUGCAGCAGCUCCAAGGUCGAGAUGCCAACCAGAAGACUGGGCCAGAAGUUUCAGUCCAAGAUCUUGCAGCUCGUGCUGCUUCACGGUAUAUGGCCGGCACUGUGAAAAGCAUUAAGACACCCAAAACAGCUUAUGACUUUGAGGUUUCUUGGAGAGCUCUUUCUGAUGACACUGCCCAGCAAAUACAGUUACUAAAGUCGAUUCCACCAGCAAGCCUACCAGAGAUUUUCAAGAACGCACUUUCUGCACCUUUUCUUAUUGACAUCGUGAAGUGUGCAGCCUCAAUUUUCCGGGAUGCGGAGGCAUUAGCUGUCAGUAUUUUGGAUAAUUUGGCUCGAGUUCCACGCUUCGACUUGAUAAUCAUGUGCCUUUCAUCCAUGCACAAAUUUGAACUGAGGAAGAUAUGGGAUCAAGUAUUCCUUGCUGAAAAAGCGCUGGCUGAUGAUCAGAUGGAAGCUCUGAGGCAGCUGCGAGGCAGAUACAUUCCGGGAGGAUGGCAGGAUAGCAUGCUCACUUCGAGUUAAAUCAAUCAAUCAAAUGACGACGAUGUAAAGCAGGAUUGUUACAAAAACCUUUUGCUGGCUUCGCAACUGAUGUCUCUGCAUCCAUCUGUUCUAGAAUCAGGAGUGCCUGUCGAUUGUUAAGCCCACUGGUCUGGAUGUAGCGAACGGUUGAAGCAUCCAGUGUAGGAACAUGUGUCGACUGCAAAUGGUUGAGAUUUGUUCUGUUGUGCUUGCCGCUACUGUAACCUCGCUUUGUUGUGCGCCGGAUUCCUGACGCUGGCACAUCGUACGCUUGUCGGCGACAACUUUAUGGAACACACACAUUUUGAUGAUUUAAAGAAUUCUCUA